CAUCACAACCGUGAAACCUUUCCGACAGAAAACUAUGAAGAUUGUAUGUUGCUUUGCACUUCUUUUGGUCUCUCAAGUCUUCGGGAAAACCAUCAAAACCCGUGGACAACGCCUGGCAAAGAAAAGAGACGACGUUACAGCUCGAUCGCUUCAAUUCUCGAACUUCUUGGACCGUUCGGAUCCGGCCUCCAAUGCCCCAAUCAAACCCUUGCCCACAGCCGAAGAUGAUGUUAUAUGUCCCCCUGAGGUCCAACUAGACACUGGAGUUACGCCAGUGACCCUGAUCAUUCCCAUAACCGAUGCAACCGGAUGUUACGAGUUUACAACCCCUGGGUAUGGCGAGAACACCAGAUAUCCAAAUGCCUUAAACGCGGCCUACGAGUGCACAUAUGAAAUACGGCUUCCUAGUCCUAACUUGAGCCCCACGUUCACGAUUUUAAAAGACGAAUUCGAGUUACAAAGGCGUAGUAAUGACGGCCUGCGAUGUCCUUUUGAUAGUCUCAUCUUGAAGAACAUCGUUGAAACUGGACAGAGUGUGGACGAUGUUGAGAGCUUCGAUAACAACGUCCAAUAUUGUGAUGAACUUACAGAGGACAAGUGUUUCACUGUCGAGCCAGGAAAUAACAAUAAUCGCUUCCAAAUCAUAUUUAAGGCCAACAAUAUCAAUAGAAAGAGGGGUGCCAGAGGAUUAUUGUGCUUUUAACCAAGCUGCUUCAAACAUAGACACUAUUAGAACUUGAAACGUUCUCAAAAUUUUGGAUUCAACCAUAGAAUAUUAUGACUCGUCUUCAUUUGAUUGCCUUUUGAGACAAUAUCUUUGGCGAACAAAACCUUUGUGGGCAUUGGUGUGCCCAAAUAAGCACCAAUAAAAUUGCAAAAGUGAUCCAUAGCCUUGACUCGGUGUUCAAGUGCAUACAUUUCUACUCUGAAUUUGCAAAAAAUGCGCCAAUAUUAUUAAUCGCCAAUUGUUAUUGCUCUCUAAAUUGCCAAGUUUACACCAUCAAACCAAAUGGUUUGUUAUCCGGGACCAUCAUCAUAAGAGUGCAAAUUGUGACGUCGUGUAAAAUUCUUCCCAUUGGCAUAAAAUAUAUUUUCAUCAGCAAACUCUA